AUUUAUGUCGAUGAUAUUAUUUUUGCUUCUCCUCUUGAGUCUUUAGCUUAUGAGUUUGCUGAGUAUUUGAAGCAAGAAUUUGAAAUGAGUAUGGUUGGGGAGUUGAGUUAUUUCCUUGGACUUGAGGUGAGACAGACAGAGGAUGGACUGUUCAUUUCACAGUCUAAGUAUGCUAAGGAUCUAGUUAAGCGCUUUGGGCUGGAUAGUAAGAAGCAUACUAGGACACCUAUGAGUACUAGUUUGAAGUUAAGUCAUGAUGCUUCAGGUAAGAGUGUCGAUCCUUCCCUAUAUAGAAGCAUGAUAGGUAGUCUUCUUUAUCUCUCAGCUACUGGACCUGACAUUGCUUUUAGUGCUGGAGUGUGUGCUCGAUUUCAGGCAGAUCCAAAAGAAUCACACUUAAGCUCUGUUAGACGCAUCAUUAGAUAUGUGAGUGGAACAGUUGAUCUAAGAAUAUUCUAUUCUAGGAAUUCUAAUCUUGACUUAGCUGGUUACUCCGACGUCGAUUGGGCCGGAAACGCGGAUGAUAGGAAAAGCACGACAGGGGGUUGUUUUUACAUGGGUAACAAUCUCGUAGCCUGGUUGAGUAAGAAACAGAAUUCUAUAUCUCUAUCCACGGCAGAGACCGAAUACAUAGCUACAGAUAGUUGCUGCACUCAGCUUCUCUGGAUGAAGCAGAUGCUGAGUGAUUAUGGGAUUAGUCAAGGGACCAUGACCAUUUUUUAUCUACUUACGAAACCACUAGAUGGAUUGAGGUUUGAGUCGCUUCGGACGGCUGUUGGU